AACUUGCCAGUAAAUCGGCCGAAAAAUCGCUUGGUCAAUAUGGUACCGUACGAUUCAUCACGGGUCGUCCUUCGUAGCAUUCCUGGUGAAGAUGGUUCUGAUUUCAUCAAUGCAUCCUGGAUCGAUGGUUACAGGCAACGUGGUGCCUAUAUAGCAACACAAGGUCCGAUGCCGCAUACAGUGGGCGAUUUUUGGCGUAUGAUCUGGGAACAUCACUCGUCCAUCAUUGUGAUGCUCAUUCGUACAGUUGAAGUGGGCAGAGAGAAGUGUUGCGAAUAUUGGCCAGCAGAAAUGGGUGCGCGGUUUGGUUGUCUUGUCGUUGAGCCAGUUGCCGAAUACAAUAUGCCGCAGUAUGUUUUACGGGAAUUCAGGAUUACUGAUACUCAGUCUGGGCAUACCAGGACACUGCGACAUUUCCAGUACAUCGAUUGGCCGGAUCGUGGAACGCCAAAAUCUGCUGAGCUUUUCAUCGAUUUCAUCCACCAGGUUGAUUUUUGA